AUGCUUGUGCACAGCUACCCGGGCAUGGACCGCGCCGAGGGGCUGCCCGGGGCGCCGGCCGGGGCCCGCCUGCCGCAGCUGCCCUCGCUCAACCAGGCGCCCUACGGCUCGGCGCCGCCGCUCUGCCACACGCCCGCCGCCGACUUCCAGCCGCCCUACUUCCCCCCGCCGUACCCGCAGCCUCCGUUGCCCUACCCGCAGGGCCAGGAGCCCGCUUACCCUCACCUGGCGGACCCGUACGCGGCGCUCAGCCCUCUGCACCAGCACCAGCAGCCCGCUUGGCCCCCGCAGCGAGGCCGGCAGGACGAGCCGGGGCUGCUCUCGCAGACCCACCGCGCCCUGGGGCUCGACCCCCGCCGCGAUUACCCAGCCGUACCCCGUCUGCUCCACGGGCUGCCCGACGGUGGCCACGGCCUCGCCGACGGCCCGCUAGGCCUCCACGGCCUCGGCCACCACGGCCUCGAGGACAUCCAGGCCGUGGACGACGGCGGGAUGAACCUGCUCGAUCAGUCCGUGAUCAAGAAAGUGCCCAUCCCCUCGAAGGCCAACGGCACCACCAUCUCCACCCUAUCCAUGAACAAAGAUGCCCUGAUCGGAGGGGUCACGAAUCCCAACGAGGUUUUCUGCUCCGUGCCCGGCCGCCUCUCCCUCCUCAGCUCCACCUCCAAGUACAAGGUGACGGUCGGGGAGGUGCAGAGGAGGCUUUCACCCCCCGAGUGUCUCAACGCCUCUCUCCUUGGUGGAGUCCUCCGCAGAGCCAAAUCAAAAAAUGGGGGUCGGUGUUUAAGAGAAAGGUUAGAGAAAAUUGGACUAAAUCUACCUGCAGGAAGGCGCAAAGCUGCCAACGUCACCCUGCUCACAUCCCUCGUGGAAGGUGAGGCCAUUCACCUGGCUCGAGAUUUCGGGUACGUCUGUGAAACGGAGUUCCCAGCCAAGGCAGCAGCAGAGUACCUGUGCCGGCAGCACUCCGACCCCACGGAGCUCCACACCAGGAAAAACAUGCUGCUGGCUACCAAGCAAAUUUGCAAGGAGUUUGCAGACCUGAUAGCCCAGGACCGCUCUCCACUGGGGAACAGCCGCCCCUCGCUCAUCCUGGAGCCCGGAGUGCAGAGCUGUUUGACUCAUUUCAGCCUGAUAACCCACGGCUUCGGGGGCCCGGCCAUCUGUGCCGCCCUCACCGCCUUCCAGAACUACCUGGUGGAGUCCCUCAAGGGGCUGGAUAAAAUAUUCAUGAACAGCACAGGGAACGGGCACACGACCGGGGACACCAAAGCAUCAGACAAAGAGGUGAAGCAUCGGAAAUAACAGCGCUGCUUGCCCCGGUGGGAGCUCCCCCCGGGCACCCGCGAUGGCUCCAGGGGGAAGGGUGACCCAGUGCACUGUUCUCUGAACUGCUGAGGUUGAGCGUGUGAGGAAACUCCUAAAGCAAGCAGAGAAAACACAGGGAAAAAAAAAAAAAAAGAAGAUUUAAAGAAUUUAAGAAGCAAACAGUGCUAAUGAACGUAGUGAGAUUGAGAAAAGCCAGGCUGAUGGCUUUGGGGGUUUGCCUUUUGCCUUUUUUUUUUUUUUUUUUUUUUUUUAAUGUGGAUGCAGGAAGCCAAGUCAUGUGCAAUUUUGAUUUUAUUUUGCUUUUUAAAAAACCCACAGUGAAAUCCUGGCAUUCUCCAGGAGCUUGCUCCAGCUGAAAAAACUGAGAGGAAUGAGCAAAAGCCUCAUCAGUGCAAGACCCAGAGCAGGAGCAGCCGAGGGCAGGGGGACAGAGCCCUGGCUCUACCUGGAUUUAUCCACUGGUGUUGAGGCAAACACACGGGAAACCUUCCCAUUUCCCCACCCACAGCCCAGCCCUGUGACCAGGACAAGGAAAAUUGCUGGCAGAACUGCUGUGGAUUUAAAGCAGUUCCAGGACUUGUUUACAGCUUCAAACUGAGAUUCACUGUGGAUUUUCCUGUGGGCUGAGGAGCCCCAAGCCACGGCACGAGGGAGGAACAACCACAGAGCCAACAGGUCCCAGGGCAGGACCGAGGGGAGUCCCCCUGGCUGCUGCCCUCCCGGCUAGGGAUAAAGCAGGUGAACUUAAAUCCAGGACUAAAUAAAACUCCACAACUUACAGAAAACAGCACACAAGUU